GUCCUGUCCACCAAGUGGGAGCUGCUGCAGCAGCAGGGGCCGUCGGGGCCCAGGAAGGACCUGACGGUGAUCUUUGAGAGCUACAUCCAGAACCUGAGGAGGCAGCUGGACUCCAUCCUGGCCCAGCGGGGGCAGCUGGAGUCGGAGCUGCAGAACAUGCAGCAGUACGUCGAGGACUUCAAGAGCAAGUACGAGGAGGAGAUCAACCGGCGCACGACGGCCGAGAACGAGUUCGUGGUGCUGAAGAAGGAGCUGUCCCAGAUGCAGAGCAUCAGCCGGGACCUGUCCGUGGUGGUGUCCAUGGACAACAACCGGCACCUGGACCUGGACAGCAUCAUCGAGGAGGUCCGGCGCCAGUACGAGCAGAUCGCCCAGAGCAGCCGGGCCGAGGCCGAGGCCUGGUACCAGAGCCAGUACGAGCAGCUGCAGAGCACGGCCGGGCGCCACGGGGACAACCUGAGGAACACCAAGCUGGAGAUCCAGGAGCUCACCAGGAACGUGCAGAGGCUGAGGGUGGAGAUUGAGAACGUCAAGAAGCAGGUACAGGACCCUCAGCACCUCAGGGGGGUCGGGUGGGGAGGGAGCGGCUUCGCCGGCGGCAGCUGCGGGAUGGGCGGGGGGAUGAUGCACGGCGGGGGCUUCUCGUCGGGCAGCGGGAGGAUGUGCGGCUCCGGCGGGGGCUCGUCCUCGGUGCGGAGAUGCGUCACCACCUCGGUGAAGUCCUCGGGGGUGCGGUUCUGA